GGCUUCGCGCUCGUUGGUGAAUGGGCUCUGUCGGCUCCCGUUGCUCUCCCCGGUUCUUCUCCUGCCCGCAGUAGCCAUGGCGGCCAUGAGUUUGUUGCAGCGAGCUUCGGUCGCUGCGGCCUCUCUGUGUGGCCGCCGCCUUGGCCCUCGACAUGCAUUCGGGGGCUUCCUCACCCGUGGCUUUCCGAAGACUGUCGCUCCUGUGCGACACAGUGGAGGCCAUGGGAAAAGACUGUUUAUCAUCAAACCUUCUGGAUUCUAUGACAGGCGUUUUUUGAAUUUAAUGAGAUUUUACAUUUUGUUGACUGGGAUUCCAGUAGCAAUUGGCAUAACUCUGAUAAAUGUAUUCAUUGGUGAAGCUGAGUUAGCAGAAAUUCCAGAAGGCUAUAUCCCAGAACACUGGGAAUAUUUCAAGCAUCCUAUAUCAAGGUGGAUUGCCCGAACUUUCUUUGAUAGUCCUGAAAAGAAUUAUGAAAAAACAUUGGCUAUCCUUCAGAUUGAAGCUGAAAAGGCUGACUUACGGUUAAAGGAGCUGGAAGUACGAAAAUUAAUGCGUGCAAGAGGUGAUGGUCCCUGGUAUCAGUAUCCGACCAUUGAUAAGGCGCUUAUCGAUCAUUCUCCAAAAGCAGCUCCCGACAACUAAUCUUUUAUUUCUCCAAAUUCAAAGUAUAUUCUCUUUAGGGGAAAAUAAAUUAAUAAAUAUA